CAUAGCCUGAGAGACUUGACUCAGGGCGAAAAUCUUCCUAUUAUAGACAGCAAGGAGGAGACGAACAGUUUUUCUUGCUAUCGCCGAGUACUUAGCUGUCAUUUCCGAGUGUCUUUUUUGGUUAUAUGUUAAUAAGUGAAUUAAUUGACAAACGGUAAUUUCAAAACGGCUGUAUUAGUUUCAGCGAGACCGGGCAGCAACACCCCCCCAAGAUCUCGACGUUACAUUAGCUUCCUGACUUGGUAGCUAGUACCUCCUAAAGAGCAUAUGAAGUUAGUUAGUUGUUAAGUCAACGCUGUGGAGUGGUUACAGUUGAGUAUUUAUUGUUAAGCUGCAUCGCUAAAGGUAACACAGCUAACGCUGUCCAACCUUUUUUUGAGGUGCUUCAAGAUACUUGUUGAUUAAGGGGUCUCCUAGUUGAUCCAGGCCGCUGUUGUUGGCUAACGUUAGCUGCCUGCCUGGAAACACUGGCUGUUUUUGUAGGAACUCCGUAAAGUCAUGGCAGAUGAAAAUACACAGUUCUGUGGCAAUUGCAAACAUGACAUUCCAGAGGCUAAUUUUACUACUCAUGAGAUCCACUGUCAAAGAAACAUCGCACUGUGUGAUGUGUGCCAGGAGCCUGUGCCCCGUUCGGACCUCAAAGAGCACAAGCAGCGGGAGCAUACACAGAUUACAUGCAAGUGUGGUUUGAAGAUUGAGAAGAAUCAUAUUGAUCUUCACCAGAGCUCUGAAUGUUCUCUGCGACUGGUUCCGUGCCAGUAUUGUGAAUUGGAACUUGUUUUCAGUCAGUCCAAAGAGCAUGAGGAUUAUUGCGGUACACGCACCGAGCCCUGCCCACUCUGCAAAUGCAAUGUAAUGCUGAGGGAAAAAGCUGUGCAUCCAGUCUUAUGUGGCAGCCUCACACCGCCCCAAGAGAGGAACAACAGCAGGAUGAGCCACAGUCCAGCAGAACCACAGUCUCCAGGGCCAUGGUUUGAAGCCCACUCCAUCCGAAACAUGAUAAGAGCCCAAGAAAGAGGCCCCAAGAACACCAACAUCAGUGCAGCAGAACAGGCCUUUCCCCAGACAUUUGACCCUAGAGUUUAUAACUCUGCAAGGGGCGCUCAGGACUUAGUAGACUGGAAGAGUAUUGCACCAAGGAGUACUUCAUCAUUCAGUCAUUUGAUGGGGCAGAGUGAUUUUCUGAAUAGCAGCAGUGCGUGGCCAUAUAGCAAUCAGACACAGGAUGAGGAUUCAUCAGGCUUGGACUACAUGUUGGCUCUCAGCCUGCAGAGUGAUGGAGAAUCAGUGGCUGGAGGUAUGGAGGGCAACCUGUGGAGUGAUAUCUGGGACCACAACAUUGGGAAGCCCUCUGACACCUCUGUAAACUCUCAACUGUCUCUGUCCAACAACAACUACAAACAUUUAACUACAGGGACAAGCGUGUCCAGUGCAGUCCAGGACCACGAUCAAACAGAUAUCAUGCUGCCUUGUGAGUUUUGCGAAGAGCUGUUUCCAGAAGACGACCUCAUUCUGCAUCAGACUGGGUGCAGCCCCGCCUCUGCCUUUGCAUCUUUCAGCAAGCAGCCAUCAACUCCACCCAAAGCGGACAGACUGGAUAGGAGCACUGCAGGACUUCUGCACAGUCUCCCUGACACUCUUGCUUCCAACAUCCCCACUUUCCCUCGGUCAGUCUCUCCAGCCUCCUACAGUCCUCCAGCAAGUCCACUAGAGGGUGAUGUGGUCAUUCCUUGUGAAUUCUGUGGCAUUGCUCUAGAAGAGGCUGUCAUCUUCCACCAUCAGGACCAAUGCGAUAUGCGUCCUCAGACUGCCCGUCCACUAAAUAAUAUUACAAAAGCAAACAUUAAACCACUGAGCCCUGCUAAAGACACCUUUGGGCAAGUGUCUCCAGAGGUUCAGAGGAGAAUAAAGCACCAAGCCAAUGUCUUGGAUGAUGACUUUGGCAGAGAGCCACCACCAGGACAAAGCCUAAGGGAAUUGCAGAGAGGCUACAUUGGACGACCGAGUCAAAGGAAGACCUUCAACUAUGACGUUUCCGUACAAAGCAGACCUCAGCAGGGGAGGGACGCAGGAGGGGCGCACGCGCUUUUCUGUGACACGGACAGGUCAGGCUCUGCAUCUCUAAAGGGACUACAACUACCAGAAAAUAUAGAAGGGAGCAGAAGGAAUCCAGCAACAAAGUUGCCCAAGAAGCAGAAUGAAGAGCAGCAGAAAGAGUGAGAGCAGGGACAUCUUGGAACCAAAUCUUUCACUCUGUAUUUCAUUUAUCUUUUGCACACUUCUGGAAACUGAACGUACCUAUCUGAGAAGUGCCUGUGUGCUAGUGUCUUGAAGUUGAUAACUCUUAAAAUCUAAGAACGUAAUUUGGUUUAUUCAUGAAUAUUCUUUGCUUUGUUUGCUUGUAUAUCUAACAUCUGGUCUUAACAGAUGAAUUAUAAAAUGGAUUGUAUUCACAGAUUGAUUUGAUGUUGUUUUUUUUUUUUUUUCCUUUAACUGAACAAGUGGCGUCAUGGCUUAGUUCAGUGUACAUUUGUCUGACUUAACUUUUACCUUUUCACUUCAGCCAAGGAUAUUGUGUGUUUCACCCCUGUUUGCCAGGUCUUUCACGGCAUUUCUCUAUGUUCCUGUUGGAUUCAACGUCUCUAAGUAACCUAAAGCACUUUGAUAGAUUAUUUUGGUAAAAGGGCUUGAGGAUCAGAUUUGAUAAAUUUAUGCAUCUUUGACCAAGAAAAAAAAUUACUUGAUUAUUGAACCUUUUGUCUUUUUUAUACUGUUGAACAUGUCUUUAAUACUCUUAAGUAAUAUUUUUAUUGAUAUCUAUAGAACUGCAUUUAUGGUGUUAUGAUAAGAUGGCAUUUGUCUGUCCAGUGUCGCUUUAAGGAGUAUGAAAAAUGUCUUGUUCCUCCAAAUAAGAUUUGACAUCAAUAAGAUGUAUUUUGUGUGUAACAUAGGCACCUCUUUAGAAAUGCAUAGAAAAUAGACCGCUCUGUGCCACCAGUGGUGGAGUCUGCAGAUUUUCCUUUUAACUAAAGAUAACGCCAGGACACUUUCCUGAUUAACAUAUGAUCAUCAAGCCUAAGUGGAGAGCAGUAGUGGAUCAGUGAAAACAUCUGGUGUGGUGUUUAGUUGCCAGGUACUCCUGGCAUGUAGCUGACUGUUCUUGUUAGAGAACAACUGUCUUGAUGCUCACCGGCUUGUGUGGUUAAUAAAUGUCUUACUGAGUACA